AUGUCGCUUAUCAUACCGCCUAUAACAAAUCGUCUUCUGCUUUGUUUAGUUUUUUCUACUGUUGUUUUGUUUAGUUUUUAUGGAUUGACAUUGAACAGUAUCAAGAAUGAUCAUUAUCCUAUGGAAAGUUAUACUCGUUGUCUUGUUAGUGUUCAUCAAGCAUUAGAUUCAUUAGCUAUUCCAUGGUUUCUUACAUUUGGUAGUGCUCUUAUGUAUUGGCGCUCGAACAAUUUUCUAUCAAAUGAUAUGGAUAUUGGAAUUUUUUAUAGAGACCUAAAAGCAAGAAAUUUCAAUGAUAAAAUAUUUGUAUCAACUAUGAAAGAAAAAUUUAAUUUUACUCUUCGUAAUCAUUAUGGCGAAAUGAAUCAUGGAAAAGAAUGGUCAUUUGCAUGUCCCAAAUCAAACGUUCCUAUUGACGUUUUUGUUUUUUAUCCUUUUAUGGAAUCAAAAACGAAAUCUUCAGCUUAUUGGUCGGCAACAUAUAAUGGUUUAUGUAAUAAAAUGAAAUACAAAAAAUGUCGAUGGAAAUUCAGAAAAUUUAAUUUAGUAUCAUUUGAAAUGUUGAACAAAACAUUUUCUAUUGUACCAAUAGAAUUUAUUGUCGAAAGAUAUGGAGAAAAUUAUAGAAAACCAAAACAAUAUGGUUAUUUUGAAUCAUUGAAUAUUUUACCAAAUCUAAUUGAAGAAUAUGAUGUUAAUAUAACUAACUCUAAGCAAUAA